AAAAGGCAGUGGGGAUGGUUGCAAGAGCAGCGUGGGGGAGGGGAGGAGGAGGAGGAGGAGAGCUUAAUUAUUUCCAAGUGGGGACAUCUCUAAAAGGAAAGGAGCUGAGCUGGAACAGCAGAAGCAGACAUUUGGAGGAGAGGCAAGAAAGAACGUCUAGAAAGUGAGAGUUGAUAGCGGCAUUUCUCUGGCUGAGGGCUGUGAGGACGUACGGAGUAUCUGUCUGCAAAGUGCUCAGAAGCCUCGCAGGGUGUGGAAGUGUGACACAAAAGUGACUCAUCCUCACCAUCAUCCUCGUGUGUGCCAGGCCCUGCGUGUGCCAGGAGGCACUGGGAACAAAGAGGAGUUCGGCUGGCAGACCCCUCAUGAGCAGAGAAAGGUGUGAUCGCCCUGCCCCCGACCCCCUGGUGUCCUCCAGAAUGAAGGCCAUUGGAGUUCUCAUGGUCUUUGCCUCCUGCCUGAUGGCCCCUGCCCACAGCAGCUUCUGGCAAUUUCAGAGGAUGGUCAAACUCAUCACGGGACGGAGUGCCUUCUUCUCGUAUUACGGGUAUGGCUGCUACUGUGGCCUUGGGGGCAAAGGGACCCCCGUGGACGACACAGACAGAUGCUGCCUGGCGCAUGAUUGCUGCUACGGGAAGCUAAAGCAGUUUGGUUGCCAGCCCGUGCUGAACAGCUACGAAUUCCACAUUGCCAACGGGACCGUGGCCUGUCAAUGUGCCCUUGACCCCAGCAUCAGCUGCCUCUGUGGGCUGCGGGCAUGUGAGUGUGACAGGCAGUCUGCCUACUGCUUCCGAGAGAGCCUGCCCACCUACGAGAAAAACUUCAAGCCGUUCUUCUCCAGCCGGCCCCGCUGCAGGCAUAAGCUCCAGUGCUAGGCAGCCAUGGGCCUCCUCAUGGGCCAGCAUGGGAUCCAAGGUCACCUGUCCUUCCUGAAGCCUUCUCAUGCCAUCCUCAAGAGGCUCUAGUUCCGCAGUCAUCCUUCAGGACAUGGCCUCGGGUACACCUUUGUCACUCGAGCCCAGAAAGCAACUGAUCAGCAACGUAAAAGAUAAAAUCCUGGCAUGCUAUGGAGGGAGCCCCUGCAUAUAGACACAAAUAAAUAACACUUUCCGAUAGUCCUAUGGGCUCAGAAGCAAUCAACUGGUGGUAGGAUGGAGAGCUAUUCUGAACCCCAACCCAGGAAUUUCUAGAAGGGGAAUAGGAUGCAGGAUCUACCCUAAGUUCUCCCUCCACCCUGAUCCCCAAAUCAGGAUGCAGGGUGGACUUGGGAACGGGUCAUGCGACCCACAUCCAGGUGUGGGCAAAGCAGGGAUCUUGCAAAACACAGUCUUGGCACACAGCCAAGGAUCUGAGAGCUGCACUUGGACUUCGUUUCUCCUCUGUUCCAGUUCUGCUCCCCAAAAUCCCUCAGGUAGGAAAGAUUAAUGUCAUUUCCAUCUCUCCGGAGACAGAGCAUGAAGAUAUCCACACCCACCAUUGCCACAUGGGUGUCCCAGGAAAAUGUCACAGAGAUGGAGAAAGGACCUGGAAGGGGGCAUCAGAGGGACCCAAAAUUUCUACCCAAAUUCAGAAGCUCCUAGUGUUAUCAGAUUUAGAGUUUAAUGAACACCAAAGUGACCUGAGCUGAGCGGAUUCUGUUCUUUUUAAUGCCCCACUGGCAUGGCAAAAUGCACAAUUGGCCACAAUUGUCCUUAACCUCACUGCAUCCUUGGCUCUCGUGAAGGAAUGCGCAGCUUUGUCGAUCAAGAGGUAGAGUUUAUUUUUCCCAGUGGUUGAAUCUGAACUCUGCACCAGCCCUGUGAGUUAUUUUGGUCAGUAGAAUGUAGUGGAACCUAAUGAUGGUCUGCCAGUUCCUGAGCCUGGGCCAAGGAGACCUGGUGCUCUACUCUCUCAGGAUGCCAGGCUCCUCCAAGAAGAAGCCUGGGCUGGCCCAAUGGCAGAUGGGAGCCAAAGUCCAUCAGCCCUGCUGUGUCCACUCAGACAUUUGACAUAUAAGAACUCUUGGCAAAGGUCAGCAAAACCUAUUCAUUGUUGACCAUGACCCACAAGAGACGCUCUCUGGGACCAAAGAACACUUUCCGGCUGAGCCCAGGCUAAGUUGCCAUUUGCAGAAUUGUGAGCUGAAUAAAGG